AUGGGAAAGACUCUUCAAACCAGUGUGGUUACACUGGCACCAUAUAUUCCCCAUCAAGUGAGAAGAAAUUUUGUAGGAAGAAAAUCCUUAGAAGAAUCUGGAGGAUGUGUCCCUAAUGAGUUUGAUAAAUAUCUAACCAUUACCUUUGAGGAUAAAGUUAUGAAUAUUUUUGAAGUACAUAGGGAUAUUGUAAAAUGCUGUGGGAGGGAACCUAAGAUAUUGCCACAUGGUAGAAAUAAGCUUUUGGUAGAGACUAGAUCAUUAGAAGAAAGUGAGAAAUUGAAAUCUCUGAAUUUACUGGGAGGAGUUCAGAGCGAAUGUAAACCACAUGAUACCUUCAAUCAUACCAAAGGAAUUAUAUAUGCUCCUCAUCUUAUGAUUCAUCCUGAAGAGGAACUGGAAGACGAACUUAAAGAUCAGGGGGUAUUGAAGGUGGAAAGACUGAAAAAGAAAGUAAAUGGGGCAUUGUGUCCUAUGCCACAGUUAUUAUUAACUUUCAAUUCUUCUAAAUUACCAAAUUUUGUCAAAGCAGCUUGGUACAGAUAUAAAGUGAAACAGUAUGUGCCGAGACCCAGGAGGUGUUUUUACUGUCAGGAAUAUGGGCAUAUAAUUGGGUCCUGUAGAUCCAAGUUGCGAGGAAACCCUGCAAUUUGUAUAAAUUGUGGAGAAGUUGAGCAUGGUGAUUGCCAUGCUGAACCAAAAUGCAUUCAUUGUGGGGAAGCACACCAGUCAUCCUCGAACUCAUGUGAUGUUUUCCUUUUUGAGAAAGAAAGAAGUACAAUAUACUAG